AUGUCGAAAAUCAACAACCUUGAAUAUGCUUCCCUCAAUCUCUCCGGAGAUAAUUACCUCCAAUGGGAGCUUGAUACCAAAAUCCUCUUAAGGUCCAGAAACCUUGGUGAUACUAUCACUGAAGGCACUGAGCCAUCAGACAAGGAUAAUUACAAGGCACUUGUUGUCAUUCGCCAUCACCUUGCUGAAGGUCUCAAGGACCAGUAUCUCACAAUUGAGAAUCCUCUGGAACUUUGGACAGAGUUGAAAACCAGAUUUAAUCAUCAGAAAACUGUGAUAUUGCCAAAAGCCCUUUAUGAUUGGAGAAACCUGAGAAUCCAAGACUAUAAGUCUGUGGAAGAGUAUAACUCGGCUUUGUUCAAAAUAGUCUCAAAGUUGAAACUUUGUGGUGAGACUAUUACUGAUGCUGAUAUGUUGGAGAAAACAUUCUCCACGUUCCACACCAGCAAUGUUGUGCUUCAGCAACAAUACCGAGAGAAGGGUUUCUCCACUUAUGCUGCCUUAAUCUCUUGUUUGUUGCUAGCUGAGCAAAACAAUGAGUUGGUCAUGAUGAACAGUGAGCUAAGGCCUCCUGGUGCUAAAACAUUGCCUGAGGCACAUGCGGCCGUAGAGCCAAAGGAUGAGACUCCAAGAGAGUCAUACCAUGGUCGCAUGAAAGGCCGUGGUAGAUGGCAAGGUCGUAACCGUGGUUUUCAACCACGUGGCCAUGGAUUUCAACCACGAGACCAUCUUGGUCGCAGCCGAGGUCAUCAAGCUAACCGUGGGUAUAAGUCCGACUUCAAAACCCAUGGCUCGAGCUCGACCAAAUCUGCAUGCUAUCGUUGUGGGAUGACCAAUCAUUGGGCUAAUAAAUGA